AUGGGGCCGCUACUCAGCCGGCUCAGUAUUUCCUCAGGUCUCCAUGCUCAGCUGGUGCUGACGCGGCAGGGGCGAGAGGAUGUGUCGGUGGAAGACUUCCUCCGUGGUGCGCCAGAUCCCCCAGAGGAGCGGAGCGUACGCAACGCUCAGCAGCUUCUUCGUGAGAUUGGCGCCCUCACAGCCACAACUGCAAGAGACGAGGAGGAAAAGGCAGCAGAGGCGCCUCAACAUGGCCUCACUGCUCUAGGCGUGCAUUUGUGUUCGCUUCCCCUGUCGCCGCAGCUUGCGAAGAUGGUGCUUUGGGCGAACCUGCUUGGCGUGGGUGGCGCAGCUUUGGCUGUCGUGAGUGGUCUGCAGUAUCGCGAGCCAUUUGUCAGCCUGGGCGAUGCCCAGCGCAGCCUGUCGUUGGCCCAGGCAAACAAAGCGGUGCGAGCUGCGAAGCUCGCGUUGAGCGCGCCGGAGCGCUCCGAUCACGUGGCCUUGUGGGCUGCCAGCAAGGGAUUCGAGGCAGCACGAAGCAAGGGGGGCGACGCUGCACGUCGCUUUUGCGAGGCAAACUGCUUGUCCUUCCGGCAGAUGCAGACGCUGCGCCAGACCUCGGCGAAGCUUCGCGGCGAGCUGCGAGGCUGCACAUUGUGGGACGAGGGAGCAGACCGCAAUGGCGAGGACACGUCUCUGCUUCUGGCGGCGGUCUGUGCUGGUCUUUUUCCCAACCUCGCCCUUCGGCGCGGUGGCCGCGGAAAGUUCCAAGUGAACGGCGGUCGCUUGGAGGCCGUGCCCCAUCCCUCCAGCGUAGCAUCCUUCAACGGCAAGGGUGCCGAUUGGUGGGAAGGCACCGGGAACGGCGCCCAGGAUGUUGAGGGGGAAGGCGGUCGUUCAAACGUCUGGGUUUGCUUCAACGAGCUGAGCCAGCUGGAGGAGCGGCAGGUGGCAAAAGCAGCAACCGAAGAUAUGCUGGGCUUGCAAGAGGAGAUACCUGUUGCUGCCAUGAACAAACUGUGCCAGCAGAUGUUGUCGCAGGUCCCCGUGCUUGGAGGUUAG